GGGGUAAGGCAACCCUAAGACAAUACGUUACGAUUUCUAUCCGGUGAUCUUAAUGUUACAGAUAUGAUUCUAACUCGUUGUAAUUCAGUAGUUUUAACCACGUGAGGCACUAGGCAUGAUGCAGUGGGAACGAUGGGCCUCACAGCUGUUAGUUUGCGGUCGAGUGAGCACACGUACAAAGCGUAAAAUGGUCGUUCUCUCAUCCUCGUGAGUGGAGUCUAGGAUCACGUGGUCUGAUUUAGGCUAAUUGGAAUCGUCGGCUGUCGAGAGCUCGUCCUGGCAAUGAAGAGCGAGAAUUGGUGACAUGUUCAUGAUUAUUGUGUGAUUAGGGACGUUAUAGCGGACAUGUGGAUUACAGAGAGACCAUCGUCCGCUGGCAUGGAAAUCUAGCGUCACGGAAUCACUUAGGACGGAACCGUAGGCCCUCCGCCCGGGGGUGAGGCCGUGAGCUGACAUAAUUACAGACACGCCGUACCAUUAAAGAUGACCUUGACAUCUCUCCUUUUGGCCGUUGUCAUGGUGAUUCUCGGCUCUCUCCCCACCUCCCGCUCGGUGACGCCUUGGAAUCCAUCGUUGCCAUGGAAGCCGGCUAUGUCAAAUUACCACAACCAUCCGUGCUCACGAGAGUGUGUAGAGGGCGCUCCGUCACUGGUUUGCGAGUACGACUUCGUCAUCGAGUACUAUUAUACCCUUACACGGGCCUGUUAUAACUGUCCAUACAACCAGACGGACUGCGCCCGCCCACAUUGCGUGCCUGCUGAUGGAAGGUCACGUGGUAUAUUGACUGUAAACAGAAUGGUUCCCGGUCCAGGAAUUCACGUAUGUGUUGGAGAUGCUAUCCGUGUAAAUGUAAAGAACAUGCUAGAAGGAUCUGAGGGGACCACCAUUCAUUGGCACGGGGUUCUACAACACGGUACUCCACACAUGGACGGCGUUUCCAUGCUGACACAGUGCCCGAUCCAUGCGUACUCAACGUUCCAAUAUGAUUUUCUGGCAGAGCUCCCCGGCACUCACUACUGGCAUGCGCACGCCGGUCUUCAGAGAGCAGACGGCCUAUUCGGGGCUCUUGUGAUUCGUCAGCCGAGAUCACGUGACGCACAUGCAAAUGAGUAUGAUUUCGAUCUCCCAGACCACACGGUGAUAAUGAAUGACUGGUUGUCGGAAAUGAGCGCCAACCGAUACGCUGGCCAUCACCACGCCAUGACCGAGCAUGCUCCGGACUCAAUCCUCAUUAACGGUCACGGAUCAAAGCACGUGUUCAGCGAGUCUCCAUCCCACAAUGAUCAUUCUCAUGGACACGGGGAUCACAUGGCGACCAACAGGGGACAAGAUGGUCACGAGAUUCACUCAACAGGAACGAUGCCUGAUAGUCAACCAACUGUUCACAGCGGAAGUUCUAUCAUUUCCGGUCAUAACGGUAUAACACAAAGCGAUCGGUCACAUGACCAAAACAGCAACCAUUUGUCACAUGGCCCUACUCCAUCCAUGCUUGCCACUGAAUCCCCCAUGUCUCACGGCGAACACCAAGGUAUGACGUCACAUGAUGCGCACGGUGACAUGGGCCAGCCGGUGGGAGUGCAUACACCUACAACGCCCGAAGGGCAUUUGGAAAGUGCUCCUGACCAUAUGCAUACAGAGGGUCACCGGUUGUCGGACGGUACGACAGAAGGUCACCACCACCAUCACCACCGGUCAAAGAGGAGCUCUGAAAAACCGGGGUGUAGUAAGGAUAAGACGGUGCGCACGCCUCCUUCUGUAUUUUAUGUUUCACCUGGUUUCCGGUAUAGAUUCCGUUUAAUCAGCAACGGAGUCAACAACUGUCCCAUUCAUUUUUCUGUUGAUAACCAUACUUUGAUUGUGAUAAGUUCAGACGGAUCUCCUUUUAAACCUGUUAAAGUAGAGUCAUUAAACUUGUUUGCCGGUGAACGUUAUGACGUUAUUAUUGAUGCUUCAAAUCGUAUUGAUAACUAUUGGAUCCGGACACGCGGAUUGGCGGACUGUGGACCGGAAAUGAAAUCUGCUGCUCAAACCGCCGUCUUGCGUUAUGUAGGUGCAACAGAGACACUUCCGCUUGGUUGUACUGACUAUGAAAGCGGCCAAAGACAAGGGAUGAAACUGAAUCCUUUCAACGCCGAGAUGAACUCGGAUGGUGUGAUUACGGUGGCGGAUCUGGUGUCGACAGAACCGAACGAUAUCUCGCUGAAACCGGUUCCGGAUAGACAGUUUUAUCUGGCAAUGGAUUUCAACAUGGUUGAAAACUAUCGCUUCCACGACCCAGAAUACUACUCACUGGCGUCUCAGAUGAAUGCAGGUGGUGGUCACCACGCGCAUCAUCUCUUCACGCCCCAGAUCAACGGUAUCACGUACAUCAACCCUCCAUCGCCUCCUUUGUCUCAAUACCAGCGUGCUUCUCAAUAUUUCUGUGACGAAAAUGAUUUCCUGGUGGACUGUAAGACGCAGUUAUGCGAGUGCACUCAUCGACUAAAGGUCAAGGUCGGCGAGGUGGUUGAACUUGUCCUGAUUGAUGAGGGUAAACACCUGGACAAUAGCCAUCCAAUGCAUCUUCAUGGACACAGCUUUAGGGUGCUUGCCAUGGAAAAGCUGAACACAUCGACAAGCGUGGAGUACGUGAAGAUGCGUGACCGCAUAGGGCUAAUUGGUAGGAACCUAGACAGGCCUAUCACCAAGGAUACCGUAAAUGUCCCGGAUGGCGGCUACACUAUUGUUAGAUUCCACGCCAAAAAUCCAGGAUUUUGGUUGCUCCAUUGCCAUAUCGCCUUCCACAUGGCAAUGGGUAUGAGUGUCGUCAUCCAGGUGGGCGAGGUGGAGCAGAUGCCAGCGACCCCUAAGAAUUUCCCACGUUGUGGGGACUGGACACCACAAACCCAGCGGAUGGACGAAUACCCCGGGUGUCCUCAACAGUCCACUGCUUAUCCUCUCGUCAUGGGAACUGACGUAUCCAGCACUUACUACGAUUCCACCGUCCAACCACACUAUAUUUCCAACUUCAACCCACCACAACCUAAUCUCAGCUCUCGGUCCAGUGUGAAUGCUACUGCCAAGAACAUGCGGAUGCAGAUGUUUAAUAUGUUCUUGUCCGGCAACAACGGUCGCCAAGCACCAUCCCGAGGGUUAGAGUGGACCAAAAGCAGACCACUGUCAUCGCUGUCACAUGAGCCCCUACCCGGAAGAACAGGGCAUACCGUACGUACAAACCACCGUGACGAACGCCCGGGCCGUGUAUUGUCGGUGAAUCCCCUGCUUUAUCCAUGACCUUGACGCUAUGUACUUCUAUUGUUGACUGGGAAGUAUCCUGGGUCUCCGUUGCAAGGAUUCGCUAUGUCCCUGUUCUUCGUAUGAACAGACGCCGCCAUUGCAGACGGAAAUGCGGGCUGACCAUAACGUUGCUGUCAUCAUCAAAUGAUGACCCCGUAUGCCAGAACUAGUAUGCGCUUAGUCCCGUGAUUUUAAGUGACACUAUUGUUAGAUGGUUUACAUCAAAGUAGUUAUUGUUGAAUUGUUCGUCGAUUUCAUCUCGACAGCUUGUUGGAAUUAAUAUUUCAGCUUCAUUGUUCUUAGUUAGGAAUGCUGAAUUUGAAUAAAUAAAAACAUAUUGUUGAAACCUUA